AUUUUGUUGUAAUUCUGUGUUGUUAUGAUCAUUUUUCUAGAUAUUCUUUCAUCGUUGCUAGAACUAUAACAACUCGCUAGUGAAUUUUUUACCUUUUUCAAAAUAAUGAAUAUGUAGAAUGUAUUGCCCGUCAUGUUAAUCGACUCGUAAUGUUCCUAUGUAAUCGAUAUAAAAACGGUUGUAAUAGUAUAUUUGGUGAAAAUGGCGGCCGGCCCGAUUGCUGAAAGGAAUCAAGAUGCCACAAUUUAUGUGGGUGGUUUGGAUGAAAAAGUUACAGAAGCUUUGAUGUGGGAACUAUUUGUUCAGUCGGGUCCAGUUGUAAAUGUCCACAUGCCUAAAGAUCGUGUAACACAGAUGCAUCAAGGCUAUGGCUUUGUAGAGUUCAUGGGGGAAGAAGAUGCAGAUUAUUCGAUUAAGAUAAUGAACAUGAUAAAAUUGUAUGGGAAACCGAUACGCGUUAACAAGGCAUCAGCUCACCAGAAGAAUCUGGACGUUGGUGCUAACAUUUUUAUUGGGAACCUGGAUCCAGAGGUGGAUGAGAAACUUCUUUAUGACACAUUUUCUGCAUUUGGUGUUAUUCUUCAGACACCUAAGAUCAUGCGUGAUCCUGAGACAGGGAACUCAAAAGGGUUUGCAUUCAUCAACUUUGCAAGCUUUGAUGCUUCUGAUGCCUCCAUUGAAGCGAUGAACGGACAGUAUCUGUGUAACCGUCCCAUCUCUGUAUCAUAUGCGUUCAAAAAGGAUGCCAGAGGCGAACGCCAUGGUUCUGCUGCUGAGAGACUUCUAGCUGCACAGAAUCCCCUGUCUCAAGCUGAUCGUCCCCAUCAGCUGUUUGCCGAUGCCCCUCCCCCUGCACCAUUACCACAGCCUCCAACAUUAGUCCCCCCUCCACCACCUGUGGCCAUGCUUGGUAUGGUUCCUCCACCACCACCAACUCCUGGUAUGCACCCUCCUCCACCUCCGCCAGUUCCACCACCAUCCAGUAUGCCACCUCCUCCAAUGACGAUGCCACCGGGCAUUCCUCCGCCUCCAUUACCUCCACAACCCAUGCACCAUCCAGGUCACCCACCCCUGCCUCCAGGACCACCAGGGAUGCCACCACCACCACUCAACAGGGCUGGACCACCACCAUUGCCUCCCAUGCCUCCCACAUCAACUCAACAGCAACUUUCGCAGCAGCAACCGCCUACACCGCAGCAGCAGCAAAACAGCAUGGGACCAGGGAUGGGCCAAAUGGGGCACAUGCCUCCAAUGCCACCGCCACCUCAAGGAGGCCCUCCACCACCAAGAAUGAUGCCACCUCCAUGGCAGGGAGGAGGGCAGUUUCCACCACCACCUCCACAUCAUCAGGGUCCCUAUCAAGGCAACUAUCCUCCCCCACCACCACCUCAUGGUGGUCCACCACCUGGUUGGCGACCACCCCCACCAGGCCGACCUCCAUUUGGACGGCCACCAUUUCCGCCUCGUGGUCCCCCUCCACCGCCAAGAGGCAUGAGACCACCACCUCCACGUGGCAUGAGACCUGGUCAGCCGGGAAGCAGCGACGGUUCAUACGACAAUUAUGACAACUCUUAUGAUAAUAAUAACUAUGAGAACAACUAUGAUAAUUCAUAUGAUAAUUAUUAGGCAGAGUGUUUAUAAUUCAGUUGUAAGAAUUAUUCAGUGCGUAUCCUAAUUUGGAGAAAGUUUUUCCACAGAUUUAGUAACUUUAUUAUCAUGUUACAUGUCGCCAGUGGAUCACGUUGAGAAUUAUACAAAUCUGUAGUGUGUAUGAGACAAGUGAGAUACCGUAUAUGAUCAUGGAUGUCGCAUGCUCAUUUUUUCACGUCUCCAUCACACUCCUCUCAUUACUUUCUAAUUUUUCAUCGCCAUCAUAAAUUAUGAGCCCUCAUUAAAUUGAAGUUAUGACACAUUUUAUGCCGUGCUGUAGAGAUUCUGAUAUCCAUUUUCCUAUUGAAAAUUAGAAGGUAUGCAAAAUGGCAGUGUUUUGUCAAAUUCAGUUUUCUUUUUGUGUUCAUCAGUCAUGUUGGAGAAUGUUGUGUCAUUUUUUCCCAUAUUUUCCACAGAAAAAUUAAGUCAGUCCUGACUGGAAAGCCUGAUAUUUGAAAAAUAUGUAUUGAAGCUGAAGCCUCAUGAUGCGCUUGAAAUGCAAGCUGCAGGCUGUUCUGUUUUGUAAUCCUCGACAUGGUAUUUGUCAUUUCAGAGCAUUCAGUUUAUUGCACAGAGUUGUAGAUUAUUUUUCUUGUAUUUCACUGUGGAAAUGUUUUGAAUAAAAAUUGUAUAUCUUAA